AUGUCUGAAAAGAAGCACUGGGAAGACUGGGAAGAGGAGAUGUACAUCCGAACGUAUGUUGAAUGGCACAAAGAUGGAAGGUGGGAGGCAACUCGGACCACCUUGGCAAAUCACACUGCAAUGGCUGCCUACUUGACCCAAGAAUUGGGGGUUAUUUGCACUGGCACUCAAUCCCAGUCGAAGUUCUAUCGUGUGGUCGACAAAUGGAGACUUUUCACACACCUCCGAGGUGAUUCUGCCAAGCCAGAGACGGGGAUAGGAUGGGACGAGGAACACAGAUGCUUUGUAGCCGGAAAAGAGCAAUGGGGAUAUUUGUGGAAGCUUGACAAAAGCUAUGUGGAAUUCCAGCACCCAAAUAGUGCUGAUUUGAUGAUCCUAUGGGAUGAGGUGAUGGACGGCAAGCAUGCCACAGGCACCCAUGCUCAAUCUUCGGCCCAAUUCGUGGCACCCCAAUUUGUGCCUCCUCGUAUCCGUAGACGUAGGGGUGAUUCGACCCUCAAAGGCAAAGGAGUUGCCUCUAGUUCUGUCAUCAACCCAGCAGAUUCUAAGGGCACAUCGGACGAUACUGGCAGCCCAAUUAUGCGUAAUCCUGGCAAACGACCGUUGGGUAGUGCUCCACAAAGUUCUGAGAAUGAAGGCUCUAGAGGAACCAAGUCCCGAAGGUCGGGUUCGGAGAACUACCAAGAGGCACUGAGCAACUUCAAUAGAUAUUCUUCGAUUGCAUGUUCCGAAAGAGAAUCGAAGGAGAAGUAUUCAAUUGAGGUUGCUAAGAAAGCAGUUUAGGACCUGAAGUUGGACGAUACUGUACACAUGUAUGUCUUGAGAGAAUUGUUGGAUGGGGAGUUCCGGGCUUUAUUUAUUAGCUUCAGUGAGAGUGAG